UCAAGCACAUAAUGUGAGAGAAAAAUGCGUGAGAGAAGGAGAGGGAAUAAAAUAACAAUAAAGGAUCUAAACUAUAGGAAACAAACUCAGGGAAUACCUUUGACCUUACAAUAUUAUCUGUUAAAUCUCUGUAAAUAAUAAAAAUAAUGUUUAAGCCCUCCUCAUAUUCUCGAAGUUUACAUGAUACAACAUAUGCUUAUCUAAGGGCAUUAAACAGAACGGCAGAACAAUUUGGUUAUUUAACAAAAGAUUUGGCAAGAAAUGGAACUUUAAUUAAUAAUAUGAGUAAAGGAAGUUUUAAAGGGGAGACAGGAGAUGUUAUUUUAGAUGAUUAUGGAAAUAGAGAACCAAUAUUUGUUGUUACAAUGUUGGAUAUCUCUGAUCAACCAAAUAGUUUAAUGCAACUUUCUUUUACAAAUAAUACACUACAAAUAACUAAAAAUUACAACGACGAAUCCGUUAUUUGGGCAAAUAGAGGAGGAAAGAGACCUUUAUAUAAACCAAUAUGUGGAUAUACUGGGACAGAAUGUCCACAAAAUAUAACAACAUAUAUAUUAAUUGGUGUUGGUUUGGUUUUGUUAUUGUUAGUAGCUACUUUAGGUGGAAUUGGUUAUGCUGUUCGUGAAAAAAUGCGUGAAAAAGACCGUUUAACACGUGAAUGUAUAAUUCCAUUCUGUGAAUUAGGCAAUUUAAAAGAAAUGCAAAGUACAGAAGAUGUUAAAAGUUUGGAAUUAAAUAAAAGCAUGAAAAGUUUACAAAGCAGUCAAUCUGGAGGAAGUAGUACAAAAUUAUCAAGCAUGGACAAUAAAAAAUUGGAAACAGAAAAUUAUUCACAUUUUUUGUAUAAUAGAGAAGUUGUUUUUGGAAUUAAAUAUCAAGUUAGAGUUAGAAUAUUUAAUGAAGAUUUGACACAAUUAAGAAAGAUAAAACAAUUAGAUCAUGAUAAUUUAAAUAAAUUUUGUGGGGUUUGUACAGAUGCACCUAUUUUGUAUGGAAUUUGGAAAUAUUGUCAGAGAGGGAGUUUAAAGGAUUUAAUUGCCAAAGAGCAAUAUGUCGGUGAUUCUUUUGUGAUGUUUACUUUAAUGAGGGAUAUAGCUAGUGGAUUAAUAGCUUUACACGGGUCAUUUAUUGGAGCACAUGGAAUGCUUUCUUCAGAGAAUUGUUUAAUUAAUGAUCGUUGGCAAGUAAAGAUUAGCGAUUUUGGAUUGAAUAUGAUUAGAGAAAGUCAACCAAUGUCAAAAAGAAAAUUAUUGUGGACAGCACCAGAAUUAUUAAGAGAAAAUAAUCGAAAAGGAACAAAAGAAGGAGAUGUUUAUAGUUUUGCUAUAAUUUGUUGUGAAUUAGUUAAUAGAGAAACUGUUUGGAAUGGAGUUGAAAGAGAAGAUGAUGUUGAUGGUUUGUUUUGA